UUUAAAAUUUUUAUUUUUGUUUGGUAUUUUUAUUUUAAAUGAUUUAUAAUAAGGAUAGUGUAUGAUGUUGAUGUUACAAGAGGGAGAGGAGGCUUAAGUUGGAUCAUACUGGAUUAUGAGGAAAAAAUAUGACACGAGGAGGACGAAACGCGUUGUUGGACUACUUGAACGCGGCAGUCUGUGCGACCUCUACAACCCCUUAUUCGCAUCGACCGCGCUAUACAAGACGCUACUGACCGAGUCGAUCUCGGUGGCAGAUGAUUGGGUCGAUGGUGACUGCGGAUGAUUGCCGUUAAUAUCAUGACAUCAAUAUGCAUAAAAAUGCGAUUUUACUCUGCGGGGGACAAAAACCAAUAAAUCUUGGCGGCGUUAAACGACGGGAUGUUUAUAUCGCUGGAUUUUUUCCCUAUGGCAGGCACGUGCCUGAAAGUCACAUUGGACGUGGGGUAAUGCCCUCUGUUAAGCUUGCUGUCGACCAUAUCAAUGACAAUCCAGCAGUUCUCAGGAAUUAUCGAUUACACAUGUGGUGGAAUGAUACUGAGUGUAAUGCUGCAGUUGGAGUGAAAGCAUUUUUUGAUAUGAUGCACAGUGGACCACACAAAGUAAUGUUAUUUGGAGCUGCGUGUACCCAAGUCACGGAUCCGAUUGCUAAAGCCUCUAAACACUGGCGCCUAACACAAUUAAGUUAUGCUGACACUCAUCCCAUGUUCACCAGUGAUAACUUUCCGAAUUUCUUCAGAAUAGUGCCGUCUGAAAAUGCUUUCAAUGCGCCCAGAGUGGCACUACUGAACCACUUUAACUGGACAAGAGUUGGAACAAUUUACCAAAAUGAACCUCGAUAUGCACUUGCACACAACAGACUAGUUGCUGAUCUCGAUGAUAACAAACUCGAAGUAGUGGAAACCCAAAGCUUUGCCACGGAAGUCAGUACAGCCUUGGAAAAGCUCAAACAUGCAGAUGUUAGAAUAAUACUAGGAAACUUUAAUGAAGUUUGGGCCAGAAGGAUAUUUUGUGAAGCUCACAAGUUUCACAUGUUUGGUAGCAAAUUCCAGUGGAUUAUAAUGGGUACAUUUGGUGAAGAAUGGUGGUUGAAACCUGACGGUGGUUGCGCACCAUCGGAACUGGCUGAAGCACUGCAUGGCGCAAUACUGACUGAUUUAUUACCAUUGUCGACAGAUCGACAAAUCACGGUUUCAGGAAUCACACCCGAUGAGUAUCAAGUGGAAUACGAUUCCCGUCGAGGUAACGAAUACUCUCGAUUCCACGGUUACACUUACGAUGGUAUAUGGGCGGUAGCACUGGCGAUCCAACAUGUAGCACGUAGAAUCCGGCACUUUAGAAGAAAUCAAACGGUCGCUGACUUCAAGUACCGUGAUCCACUCUGGGAAAAGCUCUUUCUAGAGGCCCUGAGGAACACCAGUUUCGAAGGAGUCACUGGUCCCGUUCGUUUUUACGACAACGAAAGAAAGGCCUACAUUCUCCUGAAGCAAUUUCAAAGUGGUAGCGAGGUUAAAGUCGGCGAGUACGAUGGUGUCACUGAUACCCUGGAUCUCCACCGAGGUCAGCGGAUGGUCUGGCACGGAAAAUCACCCCCAAAGGACCGAACCGUUCACGUCAUCGAGCACUCUACUGUCAACAUCAGUAUUUACGUGACGAUUGCUUCCGCAGCUAGUGUUGGUAUCUUGCUGGCUGUGGUGUUUCUCGCCAUCAACAUCAGAUACAGAAAUCAAAGAUACAUAAAGAUGUCAUCUCCACACCUGAACAACCUCAUUAUCGUCGGGUGUAUGCUGACGUACAGCAGCGUUAUUUUCCUUGGGCUUGAUUCAACAUUAUCAAGUGUACAGGCCUUCCCCUACAUAUGCACAGCGAGAGCUUGGCUCUUGAUGGCCGGAUUUUCACUCGCAUUCGGUGCCAUGUUUUCUAAAACGUGGCGUGUUCAUUCUAUAUUCACAGACGUUAAGCUCAAUAAAAAAGUCAUCAAGGAUUAUCAGCUAUUUAUGGUAGUUGGAGUACUUCUAGUCAUUGAUCUAGCAAUAAUGACAACAUGGCAAGUUGCCGAUCCAUUUUAUCGAGAAACUAAACAAAUGGAGCCUUAUCCUCACCCGUCAAGUGACGACAUUGUGAUGAUACCAGAGAAUGAAUACUGCCAGAGUAAUAGAAUGACUAUUUAUCUCGGUUGUAUUUAUGCGUACAAAGGCCUAUUGAUGAUAUUCGGUGCUUUCCUCGCAUGGGAAACUAGGCACGUAAGCAUACCAGCGUUAAAUGACAGCAAGUACGUUGGAAUGAGUGUUUACAAUGUUGUAAUAAUGUGCGUCACCGGUGCAGCUAUCAGUUUUGUUCUUGCCGAUAAACAGGAUACAAUGUUUAUAAUGCUGUCGAUAUUCAUUAUAUUUUGUAGUACAGCAACACUCUGCCUUGUUUUCGUACCAAAGCUGAUUGAGUUAAGAAGAAACCCUCAAGGAGCAAUCGAUAAAAGAAUCCGAGCAACUCUUCGUCCCUCCUCAAAAACAAGACGAGACUCGUCGGUCAGCGAGCUCGAGGAACGUUUGAAGGAUGUUACAACAGCUAAUCAAAAAUUCCGCAAGCAGCUCUUGGAAAAAGAAUCCGAACUUCAGAUGUACCUGAAGAGACUGGGGGACGAGAGUCUUUUACAAGAUACCAAAGAAGCAAUAGAUAGAUUGUCAGUACCGAGGAAUGAAACUCUCAUAAAAAGAGAAGGAGUAUCGAUGGUCACUGAAACAACUGACGUUUCAAUGUCAUUAUGCAGUUUAAAUUCAACAACUGUGUCACAGCCGGAGAGUGAAUAUGUUAAUGUCAUUGCUUCGAGCGAUCAAUCAACUACUAGAAAACACGCGUCUUUCGGCAAAACAACAAUCGAAAAUGAGCGAACGUCUUUAUUACCUCAAGCAACGAGUUCGCCAACGACAAAUCAUUACAAAAAAUCAUCAAACAAUAAUAAUAAUAUCAGUAAUAAUAAUAAUAAGAAUAAUAAUAAUAAUAAUAAUAAUAAUAAUAAUAAUAUAAAUAAUAUAAAUAAUACCGAAAACCAAGAGACUGAGCCGUUAUUAAUUAAGCGUAGUCCUGAGCCCAGGAUUAUAACUACAAAUGUUGGGGAUAAAACAACCCCAGCUUUAACAGUAACAACGUCUACGUCAACAUCAACAUCAACAUCAGCAGCAUCAGCAGCAAUUAAAAAAGUCGCCGAGUUCACUGAGGACUCACUGGUUCCUCAGGAGACUGAACUGUCACGUGACGAGAUCGUGACGGGUAAAAAAACCAAAGACACUAGUGUAGAAAAACGAGCGAAGCUUCCAACACCACCACCGCCAACUAAAAACGUAUCUUUUGGUGAAUUACGUGAAGAUAAUUAUCUUGAGCAAGCAAUAUUACCACCGCCGGUACAGUUCGUACCAAAACAUCGACAUACACCCCAUCAUCACCAAACUCUGACGAAACGUCGGUCGUCGGUUAAAAAUAACGGUCUAGCGCACUCGCACCAUGAGCUUUUUGAAAAACGGCGCACUAGUGUACCAGCGAACACAAUAAGUUAUAUAUCUACUGAAAAUAUAUCAAAAGUUGAUGCGCUCAAUGACGAGUCAUUGAGCAGUUUUGAUCGCACGUACGUGAUUGGCGAAUGCGGGCAUCGCCGAGCCGCGUUGGGUGGCGGCACUGGUUAUCGGUGUGAAAAACACGGCGGGGGUGCCGCCCGUCUACUUCACACUCAUCACAUUUCAAAUGGCUCAGCGGAUAUUUCCGGCACUACCGCACGAGUACUUUCUAAACAUCAUCGAGAUCGUGAUAAUUUACAGUACUGUAAAAAUGCAAGCUCACCGAGUGUACCAGCUAUGCUUAAUGCCAGUUACUCUGAUACCGAAAAAACCGAGGAUUCAUCGGCAGUAAUCCAAAGAUCAGUAUCAGAAAAGUCACGGGAAAAAUGCUCAAGAUCGCGAACAAGUACCGCGGGUACCAGUAGCACCUUGACAGCCUCAAGCGGACACCAUCUAACAGCAGGAGCAGUAACCGAGUGUCGUCAUCGCACACAGUCGCGAAAACACCGGGAGUGCCGUCACACCGAAUCACGUCUUCGGCAGCAAGCGCGUCUCGAGUACGUCCAGAGCAGCCCAAAUGUUGCGACAACAGUACAAGCCGGUAAGUUCGCAAGUGCAAAUCCUCGUGGAGGUGGCGGUCUAAGUCCCAGUAGUGGACGUGGUGGCCUUCACUGUGGUCAUGGUAACGGACUCGGUGGUAUAGGAAGUACCGGGGUUAUAAGUAGUGCUAGUGCAAUAGGAGGUAGUGAAUUAACAGUAGGGAGAGACGAUAAAACUUCAAAUCCUCCGAUUGCCGGUGGAUCAACAGCAGAUCUAACAAAUAUGUGCAGUGCCGUGUCCGAUGGGGAACUACUGGACGUCGAUAUACUACCGAUAUUUCAAAAAUUAUUAUCUGAAAGACACAAAAAUUCAACCGGUGCUUAUGGUUCUAAUAUCGCAAGCUGUCCUAAUAUAUCAAUUAAGUGCGACAUCGUUGAGUAUCUUUAACGCUUUAUUCAUAUUUAUUAUUAUUGUUAUUAUUUCAAUAAUAGUCUCAUUAAUGUCACGUUUUAAAAACAUAAGUGACUGCGAUAUAAUGAUUUAAUACCGUCAAUUAUAAGUAUAUGCAUUAUAUAUAUAUAUUAAUAUAUGUAUAUAUUUAAAACAAUAAAUGAACUUU